GCGACCGCGCGACGAGGCUGCCCCCCUGAGGGCGGGGCUAUGUAAAUGAGCCGCUGCGCGAACGCGCUCCUUAAAGGCUCCCACCGGAACGGCGCGAUCUUCGGCAUACAACCGGGCAUGCGCGCGGAGUCCCGAGCCUCGCCAAGCGCAGCCAUUGGUUCUCAGCCGCUUUUGGGCGGGCGGAAGCGGAAGCGUGUGCGCGUGUUCUCACUUCCGUCGAGUGGGCGCGCGGCUUGAUUCGUUCUGCCCUGGUGACUCGGCCGCCGCCGCCGGGAAAUGGCGGGACUUACUCCAAUGGAGAAGAAGCUGGCUGAAUACAAAUGUAACACAAAUGAAGCAAUUCAGCUAAAACUAGUUCGCUUUCCUGAGGAUUUAGAGGAUGACAACACAACAUUUAAUCCAGAGUAUAGCCAUCAAGUGUUUGGUGAUGAUGAAGUUGCCUUUGGCUACAAGGGACUGAAGAUUCUCUUAUACUAUAUUGCUGGUAACCUGUCAACUCUCUUCCGCAUUGAAUAUACAUCUAAAGUUAAUGAGAAGUUUGACUGUGUGGAGGCAGAUGAUGUUGAAAGUAAAAUUAGAGAAAUUAUUCCUCCUGGCUUUUGUACAAACACAGAUGACUUUGUCUCUCUGUUGGAAAAGGAGGUCAACUUUAAGCCCUUUGGAAUGCUGCUACACACAUAUUCUGUUCAUAAUGAGGAAGCUGGUGAAGACAUUGCAUAUCAGAUAUAUAAGGCUGACAUGACGUGUCCAGGCUUUCGAGAAUAUCAUGAAAGGCUUCAGACAUUCUUGAUGUGGUUUAUUGAAACUGCUAGCUUUAUUGAUGUAGAUGAUGAAAGAUGGAACUACUUUAUAGUAUUUGAGAAGUAUAAUAAGGAUGGAGCUACGCUCUUUGCGACCGUAGGCUACAUGACAGUCUAUAAUUACUAUGUGUACCCAGACAAAACCCGGCCACGUGUAAGCCAGAUGCUGAUCUUGCCACCAUUCCAAGGAGAAGGCCAUGGUGCUCAGCUUCUCGAAACAGUUCAUAGAUACUAUAUGUCUUCUCCUACAGUACUUGAUAUAACAGCUGAAGAUCCAUCUGAAAACUACAUAAAGCUAAGAGACUUUGUUCUUGUAAAGCUCUGUCAAGACUUGCUUUGCUUUUCCCCAGGAAAGUUAAUGCAAGGAUUCAGCCAAGAAAUGGUAAUGGAAGCUCAACAGAAGCUGAAAAUAAAUAAGCAACACACAAGGAGAGUUUAUGAAAUUCUCCGAUUGCGUGCAACAGAUAUGGGCGAUGCAGAACAAUCCAGAAGCUACCGGUUGGAUGUUAAAAGAAGGCUGAUUGGCCCCUAUAAGGACUGUCACAUAUCCUCAACAUGUAAUUCAGCUUAAUAUUUGGAGGAAAUC